ACAAGUGUAUGAAGAGUGUCCAAAAGCGAAAGCAUUGGUGAAUGGGAACAAUUGUUGAUUGUUCAUUAUGUUAUUAUGAGGGGCGUGUACAAGGAAGCAGCAUUUUAAAAUGACGAGAGGAAUGAGGCUGCAAUGAGGGUAUAAAACUCACUCAGAUUCACUCUCCAGAACAUCCUGACAUAGACUUAAAGAUGGAAUUUGUGCUUCUCCUGCUGAUGGUGACAGCAUGUGCUGCAAUAACUCAAGAUCUCUCCGGUAAAAUGUUUACCUUCCCUCAGGAAACCAACACAGCUUAUGUGAAACUGACACCAAAAAUAGUGGAUUUCGGAGCUAUAACUGUCUGUCUCAGGACCAUUACAGACCUCAACAGGAACUACGCCCUUUUCUCUCUGUCUGCAACAUCCUCUCAUAAUGCUUUUCUCAUAUUCAAGCCUACUACUGAUGGGAUUGAAAUCUAUGUCCAUGAUCAAGCUGAAACAUUUGGGGGAGAGGACUACAAAGUGAACACGUGGCACUCAAUAUGUUCUACAUGGGACUCUGUGACCGGUGUGGCACAGCUGUGGCUAGACAACAAGCCCUUCAUUAGGAAAUAUGUUGGUGGAGCAAGAAUCAAAAUGCCUUCUAUUAUCAUUGGACAGGAGCAGGAUUCCCAUGGUGGAGGAUUUGACAAAACACAGUCUUUCGUUGGCAUGAUGUCUGAUGUCCACAUGUGGGACUACACCCUCUCCACCUGUGAGAUCCAGAAGUACAUGCUUGACAGAAACCUAACUCCGGGUAAUGUGCUCAAUUGGAAGGCGCUGGACUACAAAACCUACGGAAGAGUGCUGACAGAACAAAAAACCACUUGCUCAUGUACAGAAUAAAUACAAACAAAUAUAUAAAUGUCAUACUCCUUACAAGGCUUUUUCUUUUGAGUAUGAAAUUCAAACACCCUGUAAACCCGAACAGUGGCAUUAAUCAGCUUGAUCAACACAAUUACCUGAUUUCUGACCACCAUCUUAAAUGUGUGUGUUUAAUUUUCUUAUUAAAUCUGCAAAUUGUUAUUUGUAAUUAGAUGACAUUUGUGAUAUAUCCUUUUGUCUGGCAUGUUUGCUGAAACAUGUAUGACGCUCUUCCUGACAGUUCAUUAAAAAUGGCACAUUCUACA